UCGGUUUAAAGUCUACCUUUCAAGUCAACAGCAGACAUUCAUUCCCAUUACUUGGAAACACAAUCCAGAGAACAACUAAAGAAAUAUGGGGGAUGAAGUAGAUUCUACAUCUGCAACGGGUUUCAUUUUGGGUGAUGAAUUUGCUCUUGAGAAUUAUUAUAUUGGUUUUGGUUUAAUGGAGGAUCAAGACGAUCACGUCCCAUUUCCCUUGUUGACUAAUCAAGAGCCUCAUCAGCCAUUGACGUCUCUCGAUCGAGAAUGCAAUAACAACGGCGCCGCCCUUCAUGGCUCUAGUGAUCGCUGCUCCGCCGUCUCGGGGCCUCUCAGUUUCACCACUACUCACGGCCCUGACCUCGACGACCAGCAGUUGACUCUCCCUGGCAUCGCCGAAAUCGCAAUUACUCAGCACCACCAGCAACAUGGCCAGCAGAAGAUGGAGAACUCAGCGAAACAUCAAUUGAGUUGUGGCACUCAUUCUUCAUCGUUAGACAGUGAUGGCUAUGAUACCGCGUCGUCGGAGAGUGUCUGGGAUGAGAUGCUGCAACAAUCGAAAUUGAAAAUUGAUCACCAAAUUAGUAUUCAAGCACCAGAACUUGGGAUGGAGUUUUCUUCCGAGGAGGAUGCAUACAAGUUCUACAAAGACUAUGCUAAGGCAACUGGUUUCUCUGUGAGGAAAGGGAAGUAUCAAUGGUCGUCAAAUGGAACAGCUAGGAAACGAACCUUUCUAUGUUCGAACGAGGGGUUCCGGUUGAGCAAAACUAGUAGCAGUGCACUAAGGUAUAGAAGGAAAGAAACGAGAACUGGAUGCGGAGCCAUGGUUCAAAUCACAAACGAAACUGAGAAAUGGAUGAUCUCCCGCUUAGUUCUCAAACACAAUCAUAGCCUUGUCGAAGGUUCAUACACUCGCAACCGGCAGGCCUUGGAAGAUCAUUGGACAAAGCGCACAAUGGGGAAAACCCGAAUGGCACAAAAGGCAGGGGAUGCAAUUUGUGCAAAAGUUCGCAAUGCAGAUUUUAGUAGCCACUUGAGUUAUCUGAACCAAUGUAAUCUAAACCCUGAAGAUAUCCAGGGUUUAAUCAACUACUUCAAGCAACAGCAGCUCGAGGAUCCUUCCUUCUUCUACACAUUGCAAGUCGAUGCAAAAAGCAGCCUCAUCAGUUUCAUUUGGAGGGAUGGCAGAUCAAAAACAGACUAUCAGCACUUUGGGGAUGUCGUAGUUCUGGAUACCACAUUUCGAGUCGGGUCAGAAGGUAUGAUUUGUGCACCACUUUUAGGGCUUAACCAUCAUCGGCAGUAUGUCUUGUUGGGCUGUGCUUUGCUGCUUGAUGAAAGCUUAGAUUCUUUUAUGUGGUUGUUUGGGACUUUAAUGGCAGCAAUGGAUGGUCUUCAACCAAAGACAAUUUUAACUAAUGAGUGUCAAGCAAUGGCUGAUGCAAUAAAGGAAGUGUUACCUGAUACACAACAUCAUCUUGGCAUGUGGUACAUUCAACAAACUAUUGAGGAAUAUCUUCCUGAACCUCAUCACCAGUCUGCAUUCAGAAACCUUCUCGAUAAAUGCAUCUUCGAUUGCCAGUCCGAGGAAGAAUUUGAUAUGUUGUGGAAUUCUCUAGUGGAUCAAUACAAGCUGCAUGAAAACGAACGCCUCAAGACCCUAUACAUGUUGAGGAAGAAAUGGUCUCCUGUCUUCGCCAGAAGUACUUUCUUUGCCGGCAUACAAUCAGCAGAUGGUUGCAAGGCCAUUAGAACCAUUUUCCAGAGCUUGAUGAAAGAAAACAUGACUCUGCUGAAGUUUGCUCAUCGAUAUCAAACAGUAGCAAAGGAACAACGUACAAAAGAAAUCGAUGAUGACUUAUGCUGCAAGAAAAUGUCUCCAUUGAUGAUUCUAAAAGGCAGCACCUUGGAGAAACAAGCUGCAGAUGUCUAUACUUAUACCAUUUUCAAACUGUUCCAAGAUGAGUUACGCGGAUGCCUAUCUGUGGCAAUCAAGGACAUGGGGAAAACUGGCACCGUUGCUUCAUUCAAGCUGAAAGAGGAAGGUCAAAAGGACAACAUUGUCAAGUUUUGUGAUUCUUCGAAUCAAAUCACUUGCAGUUGCAAAAAAUACGAAUCUAUGGGCAUCUUAUGUGUUCAUAUUCUUAAGGUAUUGAACGCCAAAAAUGUCUUCAAGUUACCUUCUCAGUACAUAUUGAAGCGAUGGACCAAAUCUGCCACAGAUGGGAAUGUUUUGAAUCAUCAAAAGUCACUGAAAGUGAAGAAACUAAUGCAAAAAGCUCUACAUGUCAUUACCAAAAGCCUUGCUUCUGAAGAUAGCUAUAAGAUAGUUGAGGAUUCUCUGGACAUAGUAUUGGGAAAGGUCGAAAAUGUUUUGAAAACCAAACAUGAUGGACACCGGGAUAAAGCAAAAGAUGUUGAAAUUCUUAACGCUUGUAAUGAAGGUUUGGAAACUCAAACUGUGCUGUCUGCUCCACCGUUUCAAAAAGAAGAAGCAGAACAUAGAAUAAGAAGUAAAUCAAAGAGAAAGCUCGAAGAUGAUGUGAGUGAGAUAAGCUGCAAAUCUAUGGAUGAUUGUGUUCUCCAUAGUUACCCUCCUAGAAAAGCAACUAAAGGAGCAAAUAAUGAAGGAGCAAGGGCAGUAUCUAGCCACUCGUAUUUUGCAGGGGAUUUUUUGCAACAACCUGCCUGCAUUUCACCCCGACCUCCAUUGCCUUCACCGUCAACUGUCCACCAGUUCAAAGGUUUUAGCAAGCCUAUGGGUAAUUUUCAGGAAAGAAAGAAGCAAGCACAGGAUGUACCAGUGAGUAGAAGAGAAAUGGAGACAAUGGAAAUGACAAUAAUGGCAAGGAUGAAAGAGAUGCAGGAGGGGAUCUUAAGGGCUAUAAAUGAGACUGUGAAGUCUUAAUCAUGACCAUGAAUAACAACCGAGUAUAGAGAAUCAAUUAUAUUUAUACAAGUCUCUUUACUUAUUCUGAAAGACUGAAACAAUUAAAUGAGAUGAAUCCAUGUUUACUUUUCAUUUUA